UUUACCCACGAGAAUGCUAUACGAUGACGUGACAAGAGCAGGAUGGUCGUUAGCAGUUGUAACAGAAAUCCCAACAGGAAAAGGUUUUGGUUUCUACUUGAAAUGAAACUCUUUUUUUCUCCCUUUCCGUUAUGGUUUCUACCUUGACGACGUGAACAAAAGCGGCUGUAGAAGCUUCAUAAUAUUCUGACAAGGAUUUACUCACAAAUCAAACUCUAUCCUGACAAGAAUUUACAUCAAGUACAAUGCCCUCCCUCUUUUCUUUAUAAAUACUCCUGCAGGCUUCAAGUCUCAAACACAGGAAGCAAAAGCUUAGUCACCAUGAAAAACAUUGAUUCUUCAACGUUCAAAGUCGAAGAACGCAAGAAAGAAAGCGAGGAGGAGGUGGAUGUUUUGUUUGUGACUGAAAAGGAUUUGAAGGAUGGAAAUAUCGAUAUGGAUGCUAAGGUGACUGGCUUUGAUGCUUUAGUGGCGGUUUGCCAUAUUGCUUAUAAGAAACUCAAGCAAAAGAAGAGGGAGGAGAAACAGAAAGUGGAUGCAAUAUUUGGGGAUGGAAAGAUAGACGGGCCGGUGAGGGAGAAAGCUCUUAAAAAGCCUGCUGAUUACUUUGAAUUAAAGAAGAAAGAAAGGUUUGCGGGAGAGAAGCUACUCAGUUCUGCUACCAAGAGCGGUGGGACAAGUAACGGGGGAGGAAUAUUGAGGCGGAGAUUUAAUAAGGUGAAUGAGCCUAUGUCCGACCAGGUUCAUGAUGGCUUUACUACUAGGAAGAGAACUUCUGAGGAGAGGCCUUCUUGUUCUACGGACAGGUAUAAAAGGAAUGGUUUUAGACAAGGAAUUAUGACUGGGGUUAGUGAUGGAGGAUGGAACCAAGACUUGUUUUUGAGAAAGGAUACCGUUUUCAAACGAUCCUACGCUCACAGCAAGUCAAAUAAGAGAUUGAAGGAGGAGAUGCCAAACUGUGGUCUUGGCUCACCAGCAGAGUUGCCUCAAGAAGUCAAGGAAAGAAUUGCUUCUAUGAAAGGCAAAGAUGUGGAGUUAGUGGUGGACAAACUGUUGUAUGCAACUGACGUGAACGCUGGCAACAGUCGUCUGUCGAUCCCUCAUAGACAAGUUAUAGCUAAGAAUUUCUUGACAGAUGAAGAGAAGAGGGCUCUUAUGGAUGAUAAUUGUCUGAAAGUAAAGAUUCUUGAACCCUCUUUGGAAAUGGUUAGUGACAUGAAUCUCAAGCAAUGGAACAUGUUUAAGGAGAAGGGCAGUGUUAGUUCAUCAUAUGUGUUCAUAACACAUUGGAAUUCUCUAAGGAGAAGAAGUAAUUUGCAUAGGCAAGACAGAAUUCAGGUUUGGUCUUUCCGAGUAGAAAACGACCUCUACUUUGCUCUUGUUAAGGUUGGUGAAAGAUAAGAAGAACGAAAUUGUUCUAACAGAAGCAAUACCGGUUCAUCAACUGGUAGCCAUGCUGGUGUGGUUGAAUAUGCGAGUCCUAGUUUAAGAGAAGGAUUAGAAGAUGGUGGCGGCGGCGGCAGUAGUCAGAAUGGAGAAGAAGAUCCACCGUAUUCUGCUAGUCUGCUUGAAGAUGUUGAUUAACAACUUA